AUGGAGACGAAAAAGUUUUAUGACAGAUGUGGUAAAAUGCUCAAAGAUAUCGUUGAAAAACGGACUGGAAUCAAAACUGCAUGUUAUAAAACCGAAAUGCCCACUAAGUAUAUGGCCGUUCUCUCUAGUAUCUUGCGUAGAAUCACUGUUUUAGAGCGAGUUGUCUUUGGAUUGCAAGCUGAAGUCCGAUCAAAAUGGAUGGGAAUGGUUCUUUGUCAUGAGAUCCUUUAUGGGAACAGACGUGAAGCCUUGCGUUUCAACCGGAAAAUGGUCCAGAAGGUUAAAGAUGCCUAUAAGGCCUUAGGUCUAGUUGAGAAGACUGAAGAACGAGUUAAGGAAAGUGUUUACAUUCGUAUCAAUACUCUUAAGGCUACUAAAGAGUCUGUUUCAUCUCUAGCUUUAAAAGAUACUAUAAUUCCUGAUGUUUAUCAAGUUCUAGAACGAGUGAACUGGUCUAAACUGAAGAGUUAUCAGAAAGGUUAUUUCUUUGUUCAGGACUUAUCUAGUUGUUUACCGGCUUAUGUUCUUAAUCCACCAGCUCAGAGUACGGUUAUUGAUGCUUGUGCGGCUCCUGGGAAUAAAACCACUCAUUUAUCUAUGUUAAUGGGUGGAGAGGGGAAGAUCUUUGCUAUUGAGAAAGAUACAGAACGAUUUCAGACUUUACGUGAGAUGAUUGCUAAAUCGGGUGCUGAGAAUAUUGUAUCUAUUAAUGAUGAUUUUUUGGCUAUUGAUCGUAAUCAAGAUAAGUGUAUUUUAGCGGCUACUCAUAUUUUAGUGGAUCCUUCUUGUUCUGGUUCUGGUCUUCAUCCUGAGGAGGAGAAAGAUCUUAGACGGCUUAGUAACUUAGCCGGAUUUCAGAUUAAGAUUCUGAGUAAAGCUCUUAAGUUUCCAGUGGUUAAACGAGUGGUUUAUUCGACUUGUUCUUUGUUUGAAGAAGAGAAUGAAGCGGUAGUGAAGGUGGUUUUACAAGCUAAUCCUGAGUUUAAGUUGGAGAAAGCUCUACCGGCUUGGCCGCAUCGAGGUUUACCUGGUUAUGACUUUAGUGAUAAGGUAGUGCGUUGUCCGGCUAAUGAAGAAACACGAGGAUUCUUCUUGGCCUGCUUUGUAAGAAAGUCAUGA